CUCAAAGUAAUUAUUAAGAUAUCUGAGGAAAUUAUACAUAUGUAGGUAGCAAAUUUACGCAGAUGCACUACGUUAUUGUAUUCAUUGCAAUUUUCGUUUAUGCAAGUGUUUGUAGAAAUUGAAAUUUUUCUAUUUAGUGAAGAAGCGUUUAAUUACAAAAAUGGCAGAUACUACAAGUGCAACACCAGAAGAUACUUCAGUACACAUGGAGAAAGGCUGGUUUGCUUUGAAGCAACACAUCAUUGAUAAUAAGAUUAAAGUUGGAUUAUGGGUUACAAGACUUUUCACUCUUAUAUUUACUAUUGGUUAUAUCAUUCCAAUAUUUGGUAAUUCUUAUAAUAUUUAUUAUAAAGUAUUAAUGAGUAAUGCAGCAACUAGUGCACUACGCCUGCACCAAAGAGUGCCACAUGUUCAAUUGAAUCGACAAUUUUUGGAACAUUUAUUUAUUGAAGAUUCCUGCCAUUAUUUAUUUUAUUCUUUAAUAUUCCUCUAUACUGCUCCUGUUACAUUGGUGUUAACUCCUAUAUUUUUAUUUGCAUUGAUGCAUUUUGCUAGUGGUUCUCUUACAUUGCUUGAUUGUUUAGGACAAAAUAGCUGGUGGGGAGCACGCCUGUUAAUAUCUCUGGUGGAGUUUCAAUCACGAAAUAUUUUGCGACUUUGUGCAUUAUCUGAGAUAAUCAUCUUACCUUUCACAGUACUUCUUGUAUUUACGGGACGUGCCGGUUUAUUGACACCAUUUAUUUAUUUCCAAUUCUUAAAAUUCCGUCUCGCGUCACAAAGAAAUCCUUUCACCCGUAAUGUUUUCUAUGAAAUCAGAAAUGGGCUAAGUUCAGUCUCAAGGAAACCAACAAUGCCAGUUAUAGUGCGACGAAUAAUUGAAGGUCUAUUAUCACUUACACAACAAAUGGCUCCUGUGCGUCAGUAAUUUUUCAGUUAAAACAAGUGUAUUAAAUUAUAAAAACAAAUUUCCUAGGGUUCUAGGGUCCAUGUAAUAAUAAUUUCAUAUAAAUGAAUGACAAAUUGAGUGCAAAUGUAAAAAACAACAAACUUAUGAUCUGUUAUUCAAAAUGAAUAUGAGAAAUACCAAAUAUUUAAAAAUUUUAAUUAAUAUUUGUGCCCCUUUUUGAUCGUAAAUGAUAACAGGUUUUUGGGGACUGUUUCAUACAGUUUAUUAAGGAAUUAGAUUUAGGAUUUAUUUACUAAACACCAAACUAAGUAUAUAAAUAAAUAAUUAUAAUAAUUGAAUUUUUAAUAUUUUAUGAUCUCUAAUAUCGAUCUGCAAUAAGAUUAUAAUUAUGUACUUUUAAAUCAUAUAGAAUUUAAAUGAGUGCAUAGUACAAUGUGUUCCAUACAGUGAAUAUAUUUAAAAUUUAAUCUAAUGUAUUUUUCAGUUCUUAUAAUUCCAAUAUUGUUACUUAGUUAUUAAACAAUAAUUAAAUUUGCAUUAUAAUAUA